GGUUUACCGCUCAAUAUCUGUAAAGCCGUUCAUUCUUUUCAUUUUUUUUUUGGGUCGCCCGAGCAUCAAACCUUUCUCUCGAUCACGUCCUCUCCACAGUCUUGACAUCAACGACAAUAUUUCGACCAUUCUUGCCCGACUUCGCUUAUCAGCAACUGAUAUUACGCAUCGCAUCGUUCUCUACGCGAGCCCAAAGAAGCCAUGCCGUUCAAGGAGCGUUCAUUCCCCCCCGACUGGCACACAAUGGACGACACCGAGAACUGGUCCGUGGAGGCGCUCCACGGACUCAGAAAGCUGUGCAGGAUGCUCGACAUUGAACUUCAUGUCGAGGAUGAUAUACCAAAAGAUUCGGAACAACUUUUGAAUGAGCUGAUGAAACACUUCGGUCUGCCCUACCGGGAUUUGAUGUCGUGUUGGGUACACCACGUGAAGAACCACAACCAUUACGACGAAUACCUAAGUGAAGCAAAGAAAAACAACUAUAUUCUGCUAAAAGCCGAAAGAUGGGAAACAAUCACCGAGCCAUCGUGCUUGACGACGCUUUUUAGGCUCUGGUCGCCGGCGGAGAGCAUGGGUAAAAUUGGUGUACGUAUUGGUUUGAAGGGCUGUAGUUGUAUGUGUCGCUUCUUGCAGGGCCAACGUAUGAACGAUUACUGCGAACAUAUUAUAUAUGUCCUUCGCUUUAUCCUCAAUUGUCCCAAAGAACUCCCCUUCCGUGAUGCCUUCACUCGACCGGAAUACGAUAGCAUUUUCGCCCAUUCUUACCCAGCUCAGGCCCUCCGGAACGCCAAAUCUCCCAAUGAAGACUGGCGCAAAGUCCUAGACAGGAUCCCACACGAAGCCGAAGUGAUUAUCUAUGCCACCAAAGAAGACGAACUGCUGGUCUGCGUCAACUGCUUCCAGCCGAUAAACGGCGGCAAUUGCGCUCAGCCCUGCCUUGGCUGUGGAAAUUUGAUCCAUCAAGACUGUUACAAAAAAAAUACGCCUACGCUCGACUUUUUACGAUUGCGACAUCCCAAGCCUGAUGCGAAAAAAUGCGCCGUGUGUCAGGAAAAGCAGAGAUGGGAAAAGUGGACUGAGUCACAAGGACCGCCACUGACAGGGGACUACGAACCAAGCGAAGAGGAGGAGAUGAAGGAUGAGUCUCUUAAACCGAAAUUAAUGAGAAUAAAAUACCUCAAGAACGGAAAAUGUUACAAAUUUGAGGCCAAAGAAGAAAGUUCGACAUGAGCACCAACGGCGAAACGGGAUAAGGGAUGACGCACAAUAAGCGGAUAUAACAUGGCUGGUUUUGGUAUUUGGGCAUUUUCAUUUCCUGUCGCACUUGAUCAGCGGAACAAGCUGCAGUUUAGAAGAUUGCCAGGCUACUCCGGGCAUGCACCGCUAUGUAACAAGCACUUCCGACUCUUAUAAAUAUAUGGUCCCAUCCCUGUAACUUUCGGC